AUGACUGAUAAUCACAAAGGUUGGCACGAGAAGUUGCCUUAUGCUUUAUUGGGAUACCGUACUACAGAGAGAACUUCAACAGUAGCAACGCCAUACUUGCUGGUCUAUGGAACCAAAGCAGUCAUACCCACCAAAGUUGAGAUACCUUUCCUGAGAAUUGUUCAGGAAGUAGAAUUGGACAAUGCGGAAUGGGUCCGAGCUCGAUAUGAGAAAAUAUCUUUAAUCAAUGAGAAAAGGAUGGUUGUCGUAUGUCAUGGUCAAUUGUACCAACAAAGGAUGGAAAGAGCUUUCAACAAGCAAGUCAAGACCAGACUUUUUCAAAUUGGGCAAAUGAUGCUCAAAAGAAUCCCACAUCAAGAUGAAUACAAAGGGAAAUUUGCUACCAACUGGCAAGGUCUUUAUGUGGUCCGUAAAGUCCUCUUUGGAGAAGCAAUAGGAUUGGCAGAAAUGGACAGACAAGAGUGGUUGAAGCCAAUCAACUCAGAUACAAUCAAGGGCUACUAUGCAUGA